AUGGACUGCACAACCCCCGAAAAGCUCUGCCGCGACUGCAAGCCCAUCUACCAGAACCUCCUGCUGGCCUACGGCCCGUACCAACUCGAUCUCCCGCCGGGGUACUACCCGGUCCUCUUCACCAUCACGCUACCGCCUAGGUCAAACCUCAAGUUCGUUGAUACGAUGGGCAAGGCGAUCGAGAAUACGCUUGCGCUGUCGUAUGGGAUGGUUAAUGCCAAGGUUUGGAAGAUUGUUUUUUAUGAGGGGGGUGAUGGCGAGGGGAUGGACGCGGAUAAGGGCAGCGACAAGGAGAAGGGGAAGGAGGAGGACAAGGACAACGGCAAGGGUAAAGAGAAGGAGAAGAAGAAGGAGAAAGAACCUCCCAAGCCCGCAACUCUAAAACUCCUCAUCGACUUCCCGCACAAGAUCAAGGUCAUGGACGAUAUGCGCUCGGGGAUCUUCCUGCAGUUCCCGAUUCCCAAGGGGGCCUCCGAGUGGAAGAUGCACCUUCCCGAGGAGGCUGGUGCGGAUGGAAAGCCGGGUCACGAGUCAUUGGCGAGGCUAAGGUUCUGGAAGGAGGUCGAUGAGUUGUUUACCGCCAAGAGGAUCCUGAACAAGGACAUGCGGAAGUGA